AUGGUUGAAUGUAUUAAUCCAGAGGACGAGUAUGAUACUGGCGUUCAAGAAGAGGAAGACAUGCUCGAUGGAGAUCGCCUGGCUACGAAUUCCUGGGACCAAGAUGUCUCGAUGCUGAACAUAACCACAAAGACUUUUGGUACUGGUGAGCGUGGUUGGGUCGGCAGGACUGUCAGAAUCAGACAGGUUGCUAAUCGCUGGUGUGAAUUCCAAAAACUGGAGGAUUACGGUGCGAGCUGUAGUGAGCAGUAA